UGAUUCAUCAAAGGGCGACUUUAAUUACUUAGCACUUAUAUGUUUAAUCAAGCGUUCCCCGAGAUAAGAGGACAAUAAAGUGAGCUUUGCUUUCAUGAACACACUUGAUCCUCAAGGUGCAGCUGCGCCUGCCUGUUGAAUAUAAUAACAGGUUGUAAACCUUUUUUUUUUCCUUUGGAUGCUGUACGUUUAGAAUUUUGUGUGACUUUUUUUUUCUGUCAAAAUCCACCACAGUCUUAACCCGAGCUGGUCAGAUAUUAUCCCUUCAUGCCUCCAGUCGUUGUUCCCUGUUGAUGGCAUUUGCAUCUGCCACUUGCUAAUGCACUCUAAGCACUUAAAAGGGGAAAGUAAGGAGGAGCGAACUUUUGCAUUAAGUGGCCUUUUCUCUGUGGUCCUGUGAAUUCACUUAAUGCCCCGUUUGUUUCCAAAUCAGCCGUCUAUUAGUGAGGGUUUUUGAAAAUCCCAGUCUUUAUCCCUUCAGCAGAGGAGGAAGCACAAAAUACUUCUUGGAGUAUUUUGCUGGCAUGCUUUCCCCAUACCUGACCUGUCAGUAGUAAUAGAUAUGUAUGUGUGUACAGGAUAACAGGCUGGAAACACAAGUAAGCAGUGUAAUGCUGCAUCAUAACACGGUAUAUCAGUUGUCGUUACACUGAUUCGACGUGACGUGAAGGGCCUCGGGCGGAUGAACAGACAAACACGAGCUCUUCUGUCUGCAUUACUGCAUCACAGUGACUGGAAUACAUAAACAUGAGCAGCUCAACGCGUUCCUAUACGACUUCUAGUUAUUUGUACAGCGUGACCUCAGCGCUGCAAUGCAAAAUAUCCUGUUCCCGCUAUCUGUCGCUGGGAUCAAUUAGCAACAGCACGUCUUGCCACAGACGUUACUGGAAUAAACCUUUUUAAACUUGAAUUGUUAUAUUAGGGAGGCUACUAAUCGACAGUGAUUACUCUGCCGCUCACUCUCUCGGUUGAUAGACAGACAGCAUAGAAAAUGUCAAAACAUUUCCCACAGCCCAAGGUGGCAUAUUAAAGUGUUGUUUUGUCAAACAAUUUGAGACACAUUUAAGGGAUUAUUGCAAAAUAAAUGUGUGCGUACAUCAGCCAGUAUAUCAAUAUUGGAACUCUUUAUUCCCUGCUAUCAGUACAGGCCCCUGAAAAUCGAGUUCUGGUCAGGUUUUAUUGAAUACAUACUCUUAAUGAUUAAUCGAUUAUCUAGAUAGUUGACAAUGUAACUUUAGCUGGAGUUGCAUUGUGGGUAAUGUAGGCCGUUCUGCUGAUAAUGAGUCCAACAGUGUUACAGGACUGCAAAACACCAGUCGACUGCCUUUCAAAACCUGCCGCCUACAUUACCCAUAUUGCAUCGUAGCCACUGAUAAACAUCACUGGAGAUAACUUAUCAGAUUACAUGCAGCUUCCUCUGGAGCCACAAAAGGCUUCAUACUUCCUUUUCUUUUGUUUUCUUUUGUUUUUACACAUCCCUGUGUACCCCCCAAACCUGUAAACACACUUUAAUGAAUAAAAUUGUUGGAGUUACCCUUUAACCAUUAUACUGGUCUAUCAGGCCAGGAAGGCCACAGCAGCACAAUCCCCUGUUGUAUUGAACGAGGAAGUGUGUGUUUUAUUGCUCCUGAGUUUAAACUGUAAGAGGAAGAAGGAGAGUAUCAUGAUAAAUCAGUGUCACUUUAAUGUAAAUUAAAUUCCAAAGUUAAUAACCUACAACUUUUUUUAUUAACUUUUUUUUUCUCCUCUUGAACAUCUCACUAAAAACUGUGACAUUUUUCUGAAAUUAAAAGGGAUAAAGGAAUAAAAGUAUAGAUUAAACUCUAAAUCAUCCAUCCUGGUUAUCGACUGUGGCACCUCUGAGAAAGAUGAGAUCAAUAUGUCUGAUGUUUUGCACUUCGGAAAAUAUAAAACUCGACAUUAACGUAACAAAUUUAAUCAUCUCCGGUCUUUAUAUUAAAGGACAGAUUCACAGUUUUUCAAGUCUGUCAAGCCAAUCGUGCCCAUAGGAUUGAAACAAGUUUUGAUUCCUGUUCUUACUGGCCAUUAAAACAUCCCUCCUUCAUACUUACUCAGUGUAAGUGAUGGCUGAGGGGAUCCACUCUCACCAACUCGUUCUGUGCAGAAAUACAUCGCACAUAUUUCUUUUUAGUACAAUAUUCCCUCUUAUGGUUAUUGGAUUUAUCAGGAAACAGAGGGAAUUUCAUAUUAAAGAGAGACGGUAACUUUUGAAGACAUCUACUCGCUCUGACUAACUUUGAGAUACAUUUUCAUCACUUUACAUUGAAAGAUCACAUGGAAAGAGACACUGCACGACAAAAAACUCCAAUAAUCUGUAUACGUCAUAAUAAUCCAGGCCAUGUCUGAUGUGUAAAUAAAAAUGUUUACAAAUUUCAUCCAUUAAUUUAUGUAAGUCCCCCAUUAUCGGGUUGUGUUUUAAUAUAUCACGGUGACUGUGACGGCACAUUGCAUUUUAAACAGGGCAGCUAUUACAUUACGAGGAUCAUUUAGCCAUCAGCUCUGAUUUAUGCCGAUCAUUUGUCACCCUAAUGGAGAGCGCAGACAUUAAUUGUUGUUGCUCUGAUGUUUUAAAACGGCAAUUUUGUAAAGUAAUUUUAGCCUCAGCCAAGGCUCCGUCUCACGUCUGGUGGUUGUCGCUGUGUCUUUUGUGUUUUGAUGAAUUGUUUUGGAGGAGACGGUCGGAGCAUCACAUCUGAAUCCAGUUUUCUUCUCCUCCUGUCGGAUUCUUCCCCAGACUCGAUUCUUGGUGAUAUUCACACGAUCAGUAGAGGACCCAGGUGAAGCCCAGGUCCUGUCCCUCAGCCUCUGCCCUGUGCAAUGCCAAAGGGCGGCACGUGGCCAGGCGGCGUUGCCUUGGAUCCCUUGAGCGGUAUGGACAGUGCCGGGAGCUGUGACAGUGUAAUCAGCAUGAACUCCGGCUACAGUGAUGACAGUAUGGAGCACCUAUCUGCAGAGGAGAGAGCGUGUCUCAUGUAUCUGGAGGCAACAAUCGAAGCGCUGGAGGUGCAGGAGGACAGCGGCUUAUCCAACGACGAACCAGAUUCUGUGUUAGGGGCAGAAAAAAUGGGUUGGAUGAGAGUAAAUGACAUUUCCAGUUUGAAGUCUGAUGAGUCUGGAAGAGAUCAGAUAUCAGACAGAGCUGAGCAACACGCUCAAGAGCAAACCUCAGAACCGCAGUCCAACGCAAAAGAUCUCGACACGUCAGUGAACCUCAUGACUCUGCUCAAGCCUCCAGUCACUGAGCCAGACGCUGGUUGUGAAAUCCAGCCAUCAGCCACUAAGGCAGACGAUUUGUGUGUCUCCAAAGAUGAAAAUGGUAAAAUAAGGAUCGUCUCGAGCACCAGUCAGCCUGCACCGGCCCCUGAGAUAGAUCUGAGUCUGAUCCCUCCUCCCUCAGACUUCAUGGAUGAGCCAGGAAAUCCUCCAAAGCCAGAAAAAGCAAACGACCCUCCUCCAUCUGCAGGAACAUCCACUAACAAGCCAGGAGCGACUGUUGACUUGGAGGAGCUACGCCAAAGAGCCUCUACGAAAACAAUUUCUGUGAGCUCCCCCGUGGUCCAGGAGCCACCAAACAAGCCCCCAGACCUGAGUCCAUCAGCCGUCAGCUCUGGUCCCGUGGUGAGUCCUCCUCCUGACGCCAUGGAGCCCAGGAGUCCACCUGCUGUGGCGCCCAAGCCCAAGAAGCUUCCUGCCAACAUUGUUCUGAAGUCACACAAAGCAGCAGUGGCUGAUGGGAACUCGGGACAUUCAGUGCCCACAAGCAGCGAUCGGCUGUUGUUGGACCCCCAGAGGGUCCACAUGGAGGCCCUCAGAAAGCUUGGCUUGCUUAAAAGCGACGAUCUCGAUACAGGCCCUGUCUUGAGCCCUAAACUGUCUCCUCAGACUAGAAGGUCAUGGGCAGUUCCUUCUUCCCCCAGCAGCCCAGCAGCCCCACACACACCACCCAUGACACCACCCCACACCCGCCUCAACAGCCCAUCUUCUGCCUCCGUCCCUCUUCAGGCUCCUAAAGCUGUGUCACCGUCAUCCCCUGCGGUCCAGCUUCCUGAUAUCGUCCCGGCACCUCCUGCUUUCAGUGACCCCGAUGGCCCUCUGUUGUCAGAUAACGAGCCGGGUACUACGCCUCCUCGUACCCCUCCCGUCCUGGUCAAGCGGCCAACCCCUCCGAGGUUCAAAGAUGUCAAAUCAGCCACCCUGGAGCGCUCAGGCCUUGGGUUAAGCAGCUACAUGGAAGCUCAGGAUCCAACUGAGGCCGGCCAGGGCAUCAGCGGCUCACAGAACCUCAGCCAGCUGCGCAACAGUCGUCCGCGACCCGCCUCUCUGGGGAGUGGGAAAGAGUUCUCAAGCGCACAGGGAGAAAGCUCGCAGUUGGGUCAUGCCGCCAACAAAGAGCCGGACCUACGGAGGUCCCUGCCAGCCUUUCAGCACUCCGGAGACUCUCAGAAGCUGCCGCGGUCUCAAGGAAUCAGCGUACUGAUCUGCCCUCGCUCAGAGAAGGGAGAUGAGCGCCGGGAGGCCCUGAGGAGACUGGGGCUGCUCAGGGACUGAGGCAUCGACGGCAAAUCUUAUACCUCAUCUGACUCCCACAGACUCGCUUCAGAUAUAAAUAUAUAUUUAAAGGAACCUACGGUACAUCGAUGAAGACAUUACAGAACUUUUGGGAAGCAGCUUAAACACACAGCCUCACACACAUUAUUAUUUACCGCACCAAGACACAACUGCAUCUGCUUGUUACUCAUAUUGUACAGCCAUAUGAAGUGUUUUUAUUCCUCCUAAAACUGCCAUUCAAGAAGUCUUUGGAUAUUCACCGACUCUCUCACUGUAGCUGUGUUUUUGGUAAAUUAAAUACUGUUACUUUUAA